AUGAUAAGCACACAUGCCAGUAACAGAGAGCUCUACCUCCGCCACGUCCGUGAGCUUUUCCGGAAACAAUACUCGCCGCCGCUGCGAAAAGCCCUUGGAGUCGUGGAGCGAGACAUUGCCGCCGAAACCUUCAACAACAUCGACUACAACCAUGUACCUUCGAUCGCGGUGGAUCGCUACACCAGUCUAUUUAUCCGUAAGGAUAAUGAGCGCUUCGCGAAGUAUGUUGAUGAUGUCUUACUGGGGGCCUCCACAAUCUCUGGUGUAACGCUGUUGCCAUCGACGCUUGUUCGCAAGGCUUGCGAAACCGCUCCCUCCUGGGACACUCGCCAGGGCACAAUAUGCAGGGCUCAAGUGGACGCAAUGCAGAAAGGGAUCCAACGCAAGGUCAUUGAUGGUCAGUGGCGGACUCUGGUCGAAAGUGUCCGCAACGCUGGAGUGCUUCAAUCAUCCGUAGCUGUCUGUGACGUGAGCGGCAGUAUGUUCGGCCCAAAGUUCAACGAUGGUUCGACACCGUUACACUCGUCCAUUGGACUUUCACUUCUCAUCUCCGAGGUCACGAGCGGUCCAUUUGGGGGAUAUAUCAUCACGUUCUCAGAAAAUCCGCAAGUGCACGAUCUCAGAGAUGCGGGUCAUAAACUGAAUGGCUUGUGCCAUACAGUGGAGUAUGUACGACGCAUGGGCUGGGGCAUGAAUACCAAUAUUGUUGCUGUCUUCGAGCAUCUGCUCGAAAUUGCGAAGGCCAUCAGUGUAUCGCAAGAUGAAAUGGUCAAGCAGGUCUUCGUCUUCAGCGACAUGCAAUUCUAUCAAGGUAUGGAUCAAGCAGUCUGGGCGUCCUUUUUCGACCGCAUCAAGACCGCCUACGCCGAUGCUGGAUAUGACAUGCCGAAGCUCGUCUUCUGGAACUUGGCCGGCGCGACUAGCAAGCCAGUGACCGUCGAUGACCAGAACACAGCGCUUGUGUCAGGUUACUCGCAGGGUAUGCUCAAAGCGUUCCUCGAAACUGGGGCGCUAGACGAUGUGGAGGAGAAUGUUAAGCAGGCUGUCGAGGGCGAGAACGGCAUGGUGGAAGUCAAGAGGGUGGAGAAGAUUGAUCCACUUACGGCGGUGAAGAAAGCAGUCGAGCAUAAAGCGUACAGUAUGUUAAAUAUCGUCGACUGA